UCGUUUGGCAAAACAUCAAGAUGGCAACACAAAGAAUCAAGACAACUGAAAAGACAAUUCUUCAGCAAGAUGACCCGAUUCCUGAAGAGACGCGCCCCACAGUACCGGCGUCCGUUGUCGUCAAGCUCCUAGCUUUCACAGCCGCCAUGAUUGUUCUUCCCAUUGGUUCUUAUUUCCUCACUGUGAAUUCGCUAUUCAAUGGCAACGCUUCCUAUGCUGGUGGUCUAGCAGCCAUGAUCGCCAACGUCAUCCUUAUCAGCUAUGUUGUUGUAGCUAUGGCGGAGGACCAAGAGGGAAGUGCGAGUGCACCGAAGAAGGAAACCAAAAAGAACAUCUAAUUUGAUACCCAUGUCAUGCUCUACCGUGUCUUGCCAUAUCAUACUGUGUUGCUUUGUUAAGCUCAACAGUCUAUCUUGGCGUUUGUAUUUUAACUAAAUCUUCACCAUUCAACGGACAGUCAGAAUUGAUCAAAUCUGUAGUUAAAGUGAUAUUAAACCAUGUCUAUCAACAGCGUUCCUGGUACUGCUGUUUUCAUGCUGGUAUACGUGUACGUAAAAAAAAUAUCCCGAUGCCUUCCAAAUCACGCUCGCGUUCCAAGAUAUCAAACAAAAAGAAAAGCAGCUCAGAGCUGCGCAAAGGUACAAAAGAAAUGUAAGGGGUUCGGCCCUGAAAAAAUAUAUAAAUAAUCGCAUCUGAAACAAGAAAAAAAAGAAUCUCCUUGAACGAAGUUGGACGCCUGUUUCGGAGAGCGGUUGAUAUGUGGAUGCCGUGCAAAAUCCAAAUACAAGAACGCAUGCAUUACAAGUUUUGCCAACUCGUCAUAUCGAGUUCUUGGGCUCAGCCCUCUUUAUCGUCGCCACUUUAGUUUCGGCUAAAUCGACGAGCUAACCAACUCUUUCUGCGCUCAACAGGCGCUUCAGUCUUCAACUCCUGCUGUCUCGAGGGCUGUCGGCGAAGCAAUGAUGGGCCCUUCUUGGGCACCGCUGG